AUGAACCAGUUUGGUACCGAGUCAGCGGACUUCGACAGCACGUAUGGCGAUGAGGAAGGGGGGUUAUUUACUGACGAUCUGGGCUCUGACAGCGCCGACACCAGCGACAGCCCAGGAGACACCCUGUUCACUGGGUCGUUCUCCGACUCGGGGUAUAUCGAGUGCACGGACGUCAGCGUCGAGGGCGACGCUAUUUACUGCCUCCCGGAGGACCAGGUGUGCAGCGGUGUGGGCGAUGCGCCUGCAGGGUAUGCUUGCCCGCUCAAGGGUGAAGUCGCUGUCGAAAAUUGUCAAGCCAGUAUGAUGAGCUUCCUGAACGGCGAGUGUGUGGCCCCACGUGACAGCAUCUGCCAGAAGAUCGCCGGUAGUUCGUGGGGCUGUGUGUGGGACGAUCAACUGGAGGAUGCCACCGCCACCGCCACGACCACCACCACGUCCAAAGGAGGAGACGUCAAUUCCAACACCAACACGAGAACUGGCAAAGGAGAAGCCUCCGCUGCUAGCUGCAGUGGCUCCAAGACCACUACCGACAAUGCCGAGUGCACGAACGUCCGCGUCGACGGAGACGCCACGUUCUGCGUCACGGGCCUCGCUUGCAGCGGCGACGGGGACUCGCCCAUUGGUGAUCGCUGCCCCGUCAUGGGCGACGUGGCUGUCGGUGACUGCCACGACUACCUCGCCAGCUACUCGAACGGCAAGUGCAUCGCUGCGAGCGACGGCGUGUGCAAGAGGGCCUCGACCGGCACGUGGGGCUGCGUCUGGAGCAGCAGGGACAACGCCGCGUCCUACGUGAUCGACACCUCGGACGGGAACACGACAGGCACCGGCACUGGCAGCGACCAGGCCUUGGUCACUGGAGUCGCCGCUGCUGCAGCAGUGGCGGCCGUGAUCGCGGGUAUCGCCGUCGCCUGGUCCCGCCACAAGCGCCAGAACCAGCGUCGCGCGCUCACCGAGGAGCGGAUCGGGAUGGUCCUUACACCGCCCGGGUCGGCGCGCGGCUCCUUCCACCGCGUGUAG